AUGCCGCCCCACAACAAGCGCAAGAAACACGCCAAGAACUUCAACCGCAAGGUAGAUGGCUCCUUCUAUCAGCUGAAGAAAAACACCAACCUCCCACUUAAACAACCCAACAACGAAGAAAUAAGAACAAGUAACAUGGAAGUCCAGCGAGGCACGGGUCUUUUUAGUGGCAACCGAGCUCGACGAGGACGUAGUGAGGAGGUCUACGAAAUUGAGAGGCUGUACGCGAAGCGAUGGGUUCAUAACUUAGAAUUCUAUCUAGUCCAAUGGAUUGACUACAGAGAACUAACAUGGGAACCAGCGAAAAAUUUACCCUGGAAGAUGAAGAUCGACUUUGAACUGGAGACAAUCGACUUCGUGUGGCUGUACCAGCCAACAAGAGGCAGACGGCGCCCCAAGCAGCCUAUGCGACGCAGUCAACGAGUAGUACAGCGAGUCUAGAUAUUUUCUAAAUCGCAAUGUAACACCAU